AUGAUGGUGUCGCUGCCGAGCACGAUCCGUGUUGCCUCGCGCCUUGCUGCGCCGCGUUCGAUGGCUGCUGCCUUCUCUACCUCUGCCGUCAGUGCUAUGGCUACACCUGCGCAUGAGCGUCCCCCGAAGAUGAAGACGUUCAAAAUCUACCGUUGGGACCCGGAGAACCCGUCAGUGAAGCCCCACAUGCAGAGCUACGAGAUUGAUUUGAACAAGACCGGCCCCAUGGUUCUCGAUGCUCUUCUGAAGAUCAAGAACGAGUUUGACUCGACCCUCGCUUUCCGCCGUUCGUGCCGUGAGGGUAUUUGCGGUAGCUGCGCCAUGAACAUUGAUGGUGUCAACACCCUCGCCUGCUUGUGCCGUAUCGACCGUGACAGCAGCAACAGCAAGAUUUACCCGCUCCCGCACAUGCAUAUUGUGAAGGACCUGAUCCCCGACUUGACGCUGUUCUACAAGCAGUACCGCAGCAUUGAGCCAUACCUGAAGCCUGCUGGUCCUCCUCCGGGUGGUCGCGAGUACCUGCAAAGCCCUGAGGAGCGCCGCCACCUCGACGGUCUGUACGAGUGCAUUCUCUGCGCUUGCUGCUCGACUUCAUGCCCGUCGUACUGGUGGAACCAGGAUGCCUACCUCGGCCCGGCUGUCCUUAUGCAGGCCUACCGCUGGAUGGCUGACUCGCGUGAUGCUCACGGUGAUGAGCGUCGUGCUAAGCUGGAGAACACGUUCUCACUGUACCGCUGCCACACUAUUUUCAACUGCACCCGGACGUGCCCCAAGGGUCUGAACCCGGCCCGUGCGAUCGCUCAGAUCAAGAGGGAUAUGGCUUUCGGUGCUCCGAAGAGCGCCGCGAGUCGCCCUCUGCAGACCCCGUAG